AUGGACGCUACGUUAACAUACGCCAAAGUGUUUGAGACAUUUGAGGAUAUCUCAAGCGAAUAUAAAUUAAAGAAGAUCAAGUACAAUGCCGACGAAUUUUCGAAAUUCUUCAGCCAAUUUUCUCUGGAUGCUGGUAAAAUAACUUGUGUAGGUUUUAUCGGCGAUGCAAAAGAAGUAACUAAUGCUGCGAGUCAAUUUCUUAAUAUUACACAAGACAAAUCACAGGAAGUAUUACAACAUUUGCUGGAUGAUAGCACGUCUCAGUUAGCAUUGCCAGUAACAACAAAUACAAUUCAUGAAGCGAGAGAAAGCUUACUUUUAGUGAAGAACUUCAAUCAGGUAGCGUUCUUAUAUUGUCCACCAGGAUCAACACUUUGGUCAGGCCCAUUAUCUCCAACCGCACUAGCUGUUGAUUAUGUACGAUACAUGCUCGACGUAUGCGAAAGGAUUGUGGUUAUUCCUCCGGAUGGUAUUGAGAACGAAACAAACACAACCAACCCAUUUCAAGAUACAGUGAAUACUACCGUACAUUUGCAAGAACGUAGUGUUCGUCCAAAUGAGACAAUUUCCAUUUCACAAUUAAACAAUAGUCAAGUACCACCCCAUAUUGACAACUGUCGUGAUAGGCACAAUAGUUUAGAAAGCCGAUGCGAUACUCAGAUACGCGUUUUACAAGAUCAUACUCAAUUUCUUUACAUGCAUCAUCUACAUAGUAACACUGAAAGUAAGAAAAAAGAAAUUAUAGUUUCAUCAAAAGAUCUUGAGAACUCGUACAGGAACUCAAAUAAGCCCAUUGAUUAUGACAAGGCUAUUACAUACGUGGAAGGUUCAUGGUUUAAGCCGGAUUUAUUUAGCACUUUGAAAGAUCGUGCUAUGAAAGUAUUUCGCGAGUUUAUACCUGAUGAAGAACAUGCCGCCUUUGUUACGCUUCUCGAUGAAAUACAUGAACGCUACCAAUCGAUAACGCGCGAUAAUCUAGUGAAGGCUAAUGAACAAUAUAUUAAACAGCUUGUUAAGCAAUUUAAAGAUCAUUCUUGCUUGAAAUACUAUAACGGACAAGAAUUCAAAAAGGAUUCCUGCGGAUCAUCUGUUGGAAGAGACCUUUCAAAUUCACUAGAAACAUCGAUUUCAGAUUAUACAAAAUCGGGAACGAAAUGUUCAUCUUCUUGUGUUACAGUUGAUUAUAUUGUCAAAUCAAUACAUCAAGUGGGCAACUGCUCGGACAAAAUAUACGAAUUACAAGAAUUAUUACAGAAAUAUGAACCAGAAAGCCUUCAAUAUAUGAUGCACAAGGACCGCAAUAGCCAGCUGUAUGAUGACAUCAAGAAAUCCUGGCAAAAAUAUUUACAAAAGCGAGACGUAUCGCUAACUGACUCACAAAAAGACAUUCGACAAUCCUCCAUUAAUGAACUUGUUCUUUGGUUAAACCAACGUGCACAGAAAACCACGCAUACGUCUCACUUCGAUUUGAACUGUAAUUUUUACGAAAUCAAUCCGAUAAUUGAUGUCGAAGCCAAUGUUGGUGAUUUCAAAAUAAGUCGAAAACCUUUUCAAUUAAAAAUACGCGAGGCGGGUUCGAUAGAAAAUCCUCGGCUAUCUCAACUUUUCUUUGUAUCAAACAAAAUUGGAUAUCUUAGUUUGAGUAAUUUUCCACCUGGGAAGUCAUCACUUUAUUAUUUCAAUUUUUCUCGUGCAGACAAUCCGGAAUUAGAAUUGGCUCGACGACUCUCGUCGCCAGUUACCAAAUUUCUCAUGAACGAAAAAUCAAAUAUCUAUUUUAUAUAUGACAAUCUCAAUAGGCGGGUAGAGCGUGGCAAGAUGGAUGAGCGAACUGGCUGCUUACAAGCACCGACUCCUGUGCACACUUUAUAUGAUAAGAUAGUCGAAGAUCUAUUUGAUAAAGAUGGAUCUCCAAAAGUCCUGAUUCAUAUUGAAACGGCUUGCUUCUUAUACGGCAGUGAUUCCAUUCUCUUUUUCGACGAACAAUCAAAUCUUAUCGAAUAUCGAUAUAUUAAUGAAACUAUGAAACAUGUCUGUCGUCGAGUAAACGAAGAUACUUACAUUAAAAAAGUCGAGUUGAGUCCAACAGGUGAUCCUGAAUCAAUAUAUUUUGCUCUAGAUGUAAUUUCCACGGGUAAGUGUAUUUUGCUCCAGUGUAAAACAUCAGUUGACAUAUACGAUUUAACAUGGACCAAAACUGGUACUUUACCAAUUAUUGAACCACUUAGUUUUGUUGGAUUUAAAAGUUUUGCUGAUCAAACGAACACUUAUGUCACUCUUCUUGAUAAAAAGAGUAACGUCACAGUGUUUUUAUUGCGAGGUUUGUCAGCUACACGCACGCUUGAAGUACACCGAGAUGAAUCACAACAAGUUAGAGGCUUUCCGGUGCUUGACAUUUUCUACAUAGCCCAAAGAAAGUUUGGUCCAUCGUCAGAUUCUAUUGGGAGUCCUUGCAAAACACAAAUCGUUCUGAUUUUACCUGAAAAGCUUUUUCCAACACCAAAUAAACUACAUACAUAUUUUACUCAUUUAUACACGCAAAUUUCACUACAUGAUAUGCGACGAAUUAUUGAAACACGUGUACCAAUUCAUGUUGCCACAAUUGAAGAAUCUAAUAUGUUCCCAUUACAGGACGGACGAAAUAUUACCAAUGAUAUUGUUGCAUGGAAAAUUUCGAAAGACAAUAAAACCGGUCUUAUUCAAUGUAUUACAGAACUGACCCGAAUAGGUUCAUACGAGCAGCUAUUAUUAGAAUGUGCUCAACCAGUGAAAGUAAUUGCAAUCGUCGGUCGACAAAGUGGAGAUGUAAAUACGCUAGCUUUGCAACCCCUUAAACACGGUUUCUUGAUCACUUUAGGUAAAUCCUACUUUUUAAAUCGUGUAACUGGUACUCGUUUCAACGUGGCUUCUACAAGAUGUACAGAUGGAAUUUGGCUCUCAGUAGCUUUUCUCCACAAUGAAGUCGUUGUGGUUCUUGAUUGCGAAGGUCUAUUCUCUACUCGGCGAAAUGAUAUAGAAGAGAUGAAAUUAUGUCUAACACUUGCUGCCGUAACUGACGUUUUUCUCCUUAAUCAAGAUCUCUCAUUCAACCGACACCUCAAUCAGCUAUUUAGUAAUUUCGCCAAGAGCUGUGAUAGAGUGAAAGGCUCUCAAUUGUUCAAAGGACAUCUAAUGAUGGUCAUUCGAGACGUAUCAUCACAAGAUGCUGAGGGAGCUUAUGUCGAACUUAUUAGUAAUGUUCGGCAACAAGCAGGAAGUAAUCGUUCCGGAUACUUAGAAAAACUGUUUGGUGGGAAAAUUGUCGGUCAGUGCCUCCAUCACUUUGAAAACCGUGUUUUUGAUGCUGAAAUUGAGCUGGUUCGCAAGAUGAUCAUCAGUUUACCAUUUCGCUGGAGUACGGGACGUGAUUUUCUAGAAAGCCUUAAACUGACUCUAGCACAAGUUCAUACUGAUGAUGAUACAGUCAUGGAUAUCCAUCGAUUAAAGAUGGCUUUUUCACGAUUGGAACGCGAAGCGUAUGUGAUGAUGGCUCAAGGCGGAAAUCAGUUCUCUACGUGUGACAAAUUAACCAUUCAUGUUCAGCAAUUGGCUAAUCCGAAUAUUGAAGACAAAAUUAUAGUCGAUCAAGAAAGAUUAAACUUCACGGAUGGCAAUGAAGUUAUCGAUUUUUACUUUACCAUACUUGAUUCAGAUAAAAAAGAAGAAUCUUUCAAAAUGAUUAACACACUUAUUCAGUUGAUAGAGAAUCAUUUCGAUUGUAAAUAUCAAGAAGCACAUCACAAUACAUGGUUGACUAAUCUGAGUAAAGUACAAACAAUCACGCUAGAACAUAGAGUUGCGUUUAUAGUCUCACACGUUCGUAAUCAAUUAACUAAUGAUCCUACCUACACAGCAGAUAUUAAAGAUUUUGAAACAGCACUGAAGACGAGAUUAGUUCAAUUUGGUCAGUCGAUGCGAUUAUGUUUACGUUCCUGUCAUCGCUGUCGACGCUUGUGCAACAGUAGAUUCGAUCACCGCGAUGAUUGUAACUGUGAAACAGAUCAUAUUUGUAGAGCACCGUGUGAACUAUGCAAUGGAGUAAAUACUUGUUUUCAAUUGUAUGGCCAUGAAGACAAACAUCGUUGUAAUGAUGGUCAUACUUGUGGAAAACCAUGUACGAAAACGACAACAUGUAUGCUACUUUGUUCUCUGGAGGUCGAUCAUGACAAUCAGGAUGUACAUGACUGCACUAAUCGACACUACUGUGCGCAAAAGUGUUCACAGUACCCAAAAUGCGACAAAAACUGCGCGUUUGAUGCACAAAUAGACCACAAAGAUCAUAUUUGUACUGAAACAGUUUGUCCAUUUUCCUGUCAAAUUCUAGAGUGCCGUCGACGUUGUAUAUUCGUUAAUCAUGCUCAUCAACGAUUAAUUGACGAUGCGAAAAAGAAUAAGCUCAAGAUGGGCGAACUUAUUAUUGACUAUCAUGUUUGUGAAAACGAACAUUCAUGCGCAUAUGAUUGUAUUCAAGAAGGUGUUUGCUCAAUCGGAUAUGAUAUUAUUGAGAAACAAUGGGAAAACGCCAUGAAUACAUUUCCAUACAAAUUCUAUGAACCAAAACCAACUCGUUCAAAGUGUAUUCUACCUAUUCCUAUUCAUACUCUUACUCAUGGUACUCAAGCUCACAAUUGUAAAAUCGAACAUCGUUGUGGCUAUCAAUGUCCAGAGUGUCGUAGUUUUUGUCAACUUCCAAACAAGCAUCUAGAGUCGUAUCAUCACACUAAUACUCAUCGAAAUAAAGAAUGUAAUGUUUUUGUAUCUAAACAUAGUGAGUCAAAAUCAGUAGUGAUCAAAGUAGAUGGAAGAUCACACGAAUAUAAACCUGGUGAAUCUUGUAAGCCGGAAAUUUGUAGUGAAUCAUGUGAACGUCGCGGACGUUCGCAUUUUCAUCUUAAGCCAUGCCCAGGUGAACAUGGAUGUGCUGGUAAACUGUAUUCCUAUGCAAGACAUUCAGACGAUUCAUGGUAUCCAUAUCAAGAUCGAAAAUAUGAUCUCUGGUUAUGUGAAGCUUACUGGCAUUCACUCGGCUGGAGUGUACCAUACAACGAUGAUAUCCUAGGCAUUGUUAAUGCGUGCUCUUUCUUCUGCCCACAUCCUUCCCACAUCGAUGAUUCGCCGAACUUUUGUAUAGCGAACGCUUGGCAUAGUGGCGAUCACGUUUUCAAAUGUAAACAUGAUGUUGUUGAUAAACUCGAUAUUGUCUUUUGUUGUGACGCAACUGGUUCGAUGAGUUCGUAUAUUAUUGAGUCGAAGAAAACUGUUCAUCGCAUUAUUGGCGCAACAAAGGUGAUCAAAGACGUAAAGUUUCGUUUCGUUGCUUAUCGCGAUCAUCCUCCUCAAGACACUUCAUUUGUAACUAACUCAAAUCCUGAGAAUUUAUCAGAUUCUACAGCUAUCAUGAAAUAUGUUGAUAGUAUUCAGGCUACUGGCGGUGGAGAUGGACCAGAAGUAAGAAAUCUAAGCCAUUUACUUUGGGUCUUUUUAAUUAAAAAAAACUUUCUUAAGGCUGUUCUCGACGGACUAAACGAUGCUGUGAUGAAUACCCGAUGGCGUGAUUCGAGUGCGCUGAAAUAUAUUGUUCAUAUUGCUGAUGCGCCACCGCACGGAAUUCUGUAUACAAGUGGAGGCGAUCAUUGGCCCGCCGGUUGUCCCUGCGGUCUUACGAUCGAAGGAAUUAGUGCUUCGCUCAACGAUAAAAAAAUACGAUAUAAAUUAAUGAAAAUUGGCACGUAUCCAAAUACAAUGGCAUCAGUUUUUAAAACUCAUAUCACAAAUUUUGAGGAAACAGAUCUCAGUGCUGCGCUAGAUUUGAGUGACAAGUUUGUUGAUAUUCUUGCUCGUGAUCUUCAACGUGAAGAAAUUGACGUGAUUGUGUGA